CCUGCUCCGCCCCCUGUUUCCGCUUCCCGUGUCAUGGCGGACGGGCCGGGAAAAGCCGCUAUCCAGGCUGUGUUCCGGCGUCUGCGGGCUUCGCAGACCAACAAGAGCUGCUUUGAUUGCAGUGCCAAGAAUCCCAGCUGGGCCAGUGUCACCUAUGGAAUCUUCCUGUGCAUUGAUUGUUCUGGAAUCCAUCGCUCACUGGGGGUUCACCUAAGUUUCAUCAGAUCAACUGAGCUUGACUCGAAUUGGAACUGGUUUCAGUUGCGGUGCAUGCAAUUGGGAGGGAAUGCAACUGCGGCCGCCUUUUUCCGACAGCAUGGCUGCAUGACGAAGGACACAACUGCCAAGUACAACAGCCGAGCUGCCCAGCUGUACCGUGAGAGGCUGAGGACUGCAGCCGUGGCUGCAGUGGGCCAACACGGCACCCAGUUGUGGUUAGAUGGAUGCAACACCUCACCGUGCCUGCCACUGGGGCAAUGCGAGAAUGAUUUCUUCGUCGAGCACACCCACGGUUCUGCCGAACAGGAGAGCAGCCAAGAAUCGGGGAGUUGCAGACUGGAGCAUUUGUCAGAGGAAGUAGAAGCAGUGAAGACGCACAGCGGGAAUGGCACUGAGCACUCUGAUUUGGAGCAAGGACCUAGUGUUGAAUCCCUCUGUGCUUCACCAAAGACCAUAUUAGAGACGAAGCCCAGUUUAAUCGGCAAGAAGAAACCAAGCUCCGGCAGGAAGAGGCUGGGUGCCCAGAAGGUCAGCAGUCAGACCUUCAGUGAGAUCGAGCGACAGGCUCAGGUGGCGGAGAAAGUUAUGGAACAGCAGGCUGCUGAGGCCAGGAAGCAAGCUGAAGUGUCAAUUGUCACGUCCAUGCGCCUCGCCUACCAAGAGCUGCAGAUUGAUCGAAAAAUGGAAGAGAAGAGGCUGCAGAACCUGGAGGGGCAGAAACGACAGCAGGCGGAGCGACUUGGAAUGGGCCUGGGCGGAAGGGGCCCAGUAUCGCACUCUGUCCUGACUGAGAUGCAAACUAUUGAACAGGAGAGCCCCGUUUCAGCCAAAUCGUCGCGCUCAAAGCUGGACGUGUUGGAGGAAGCUGCGUUUGCCUCUGGACCACCAAUGUACAGAGAUAACCCUUUUGCACUGGGGGAUGGCUUUGGCUUACACUGGCAGAUGGAUGGAGGCCAUCGCUUGACACUGGAGAAGGAGCAAGCCAAGGAGGUGGACGUGAGCAUCUCCAGUAGGCAGCCAGCAACCGAGAGGCCAGCAAGUCGGCGGAAAGCAGACAGCAGUGGACCUCCUGAACACAAUGAGGCUCGGCAGAAAUUUGCCAACGCCAAGGCCAUCUCCUCUGACAUGUUCUUCGGGAGUGAGGACCGGGGGGAGCUUGAAGCCAGGGCCCGAUUGGAUCGAUUGUCUGGAAGCUCCUCCAUCAGUUCCUCUGAGCUCUUUGGUGAUGGCAAAGCCGACACGGCAGAUGCUGUCAGAGUGAGUAGCAUGCUCCCAUCUGGACCUGAUAUGACCCACUUCAAGCAGGGAGUGAAGACAAUGGCUGGGAAACUGUCUGUCCUCGCCAAUGGAGUGAUGACCAGUAUUCAGGAUCACUAUGGUUCGUACUGAAGCUCUGGCUGGAGUGAAGACCGAUUCCGAGCUGGACAAGUUUAUCCUGUCGGAGUUUCCCCGAGAUCAGUAUCUGCUUUUGAUGGGACUUGAAGCGGUGUUUGAAAGUCCGAAUGAGGUUGAACUCCGCUGCCAUUUGUCUGCUGCGCAGCCUUUGCCAUUUGAAGGAAAUCAGUAUCAUUGUGGACUUGCAGGGCUGAAGUGACCUCCUCUCCAUACAGUCAGGGAAUUAAGCAGCACAGAGACCAGUCGGCCAAUCCUGCCUCUCUUCGCACUCACUUCCACCCUAUCCAGGGCAGGCUCAGUUCUCUCUCCUUUCCCCUGUUAUGACAACGUCUUUAUUCACUAUUUAUCCAAUUGACUUCUGAAAAUACAAUUGAAUCGGUCUCCUCUGCCCUUUAGGGGAGUGGAUUCCAGAUCUCAACUUGUAUUUUAUACAAAGGUUCGUUCUUCCUCCAGUCCCCUUGAAUUAGUGUCUUCCAGUUGCUGGCUCUCCUGUCUCUGGGCACAGCAUUUCCCAGUUUCCUGUACCACACCCUGCUAGGAUUCUGAACUACUAGAUGAGACCAUUCCCUGCUCCCUCAGCCUCUCCCAUCUCUCUCUGCAUUCACUGAUGCUCCUCAUCCCUGACACCAUUCUGGUAAAUCCCCAGUGCAUCCUCUCUCAGAACUGAACACAGUACUCCAGCUGAGGUCGAACCAGUCUU